CUCCACUCCCAUGUGAGUGAAGCUGCAGGCGGAGCAGUCGUGGCCGGCCUCUUGGGGAUGCGGGCCUGAGUGUUCGGGAGACCAAAUAAACCCGCCUGAAUGUGGAAAAAAAUUCCGGAACCAGAUUGCCUGAGUACAGAUCCUGGCUCACAGCUAGCUAGUUUGAGUCUUACAAGUCUUGGCAGUUACUGUUGAAGUUUAAGUUAUCCGGCAAUUACUUAAUUUGGCAAAUAACAUGAAGAAGAAUGAUACUGAUUUUUAACUUCCUAGCAACUAUCUAUUUCAGUUAGGAACACUGCUGGAGAGAAUCCUGACGUGAGCACAAAGUUUCUGGGAAAAAGAAAUUGGCAAAUCUCGCUGUCAACAAUCAGAAGGACCCGCCAUGGAUCCUUCAUUCCUGCUGGCCUUUCCUUUGCUCCUGGCCCUGUCAACACUUUGCAGUGCCUGUAAUUGUAAAAUUCAGCACCCUCAGACAUAUUACUGCACAUCAGACGUUGUCAUAUUAGCUGAUAUCCUAGGACCAGCAAACAACACCAGGACAAAACGAGGUUUCAGAGUGAAUGUCAUUAAGAUGCUCAAGGCUCCCCAGGGCACCCCAAGAAUCCAUGAGAUCUACUCACCCAUCAGUUGGACAGACUGUGGUUAUAGGGUGAGGAACAGCCACCAAUCACUAUUACUUAUUGCAGGCUAUCUGAGGAGGGGCACGUUGCGCUUCACGAGAUGCCACCUGGUCUAUUUCUGGUACCGGCUCACCAGACAGCAGAAGCUAGGCUUCGAGGUAGCGUACAGAACGGGAUGCAAAUGUGAAGUGAGUAGCUACCUAAGUGAUUUUUCUCUGCAGCCCAGGCACUGCUCUUGUCCCAUGUCCUUGUUCCCAGAUCUUUCUCCCUUGCUGUCUCCCUUUCUGGAUGAUCCCUGCUCCUUCACCGUCCUUCCAUUCCCUGGCCCUGGCCUCUUCCCACUGUCCCUUGCUGUCCUUGCCCCCUUUACUGUUCCCUUUAGCUUCCUCUUGUACCCCUGUUGUCCUUUGCUGUCCAGGAUGGGGGGUAUAGACAAGAGGUGGGCAGCCCUGUAUCUCCCUCCAUCCCUAGAUUCAGCCCUGCCUCAUCUGCUGGCGUGACUGCCCUCAACCUGACUUGAGAGAGUGUGUGUGGAAACAAAGGGACUGCGGCUACAAAAUAUGGGAAGGAAAUCAUUCCUUGUACUCCAUGUGUGUCCCCUCCACGGGUGGGUAUUGCGAAUGGACCCCUGUCCAGAACUACCAAUACCAAACCCCAAAUCCAUCGGCUUCUCUAUUCACUCCAACCAAAGUGACAUACUAGGGUUUUAAUAUGGUUUCCUAACCUGGCUCCUAACAGAGUUAGUUUUGUUACACCUCCUUUGAAUUGUACACUUCAGUUUUGUUUACUUUCUGUAAGUAGUGUAUGCAUCAAUAAAAUUUACA